CAACACACUCCUCUGGAUCCCAUGCGCGCCAACACCGUCUCGUCGGACAGCAUCAAGGCGCGGGCCCUCGGUGAUCGAAGCGCGGCCCACCGCGCGGGCAAGAACGCGGGCGCCCUAGCCGGGGCACCCAAUGUUCGUCACCUGAACGAGACCCGGCGCGCGCUGCUCACCGAGAUCGACAACGCGAAAUUCUCCUGGUUCCAUGUCAAGGUUGCGUUUGUUUCCGGGGCCGGCUUCUUCACGGACGCGUAUGAUAUCUUCGCCAUCAACAUCGUUUCGGUCAUGCUGGGGUAUCUCUAUGGCACAGGCAUUGACUCCAGCUUCUCAAAUUUGCCGAACCGUCACCUCACCACUGCUCAAGAGGUGGGCAUCAAGAUUGCCACCCCCGCCGGCGUUCUGUUUGGACAGCUGCUGUUUGGAUGGCUUGCUGACGUGCUUGGCCGCAAGCGCAUAUAUGGGAUGGAGCUCAUGCUCAUCAUUGUGGCCACCUUUGGGCAGACCCUGUGCGCGCCGGGGAUAGGUGUCAGCAUGAUGGGGAUCCUUACCUUCUGGCGGUUCAUGAUGGGUAUCGGAAUCGGAGGUGACUAUCCCAUCAGCGCGGUCAUCUCCUCCGAGUUCUCCUCAGUCUACAUACGCGGUAGAGUCAUGACGGCCGUUUUUGCCAAUCAAGGCUGGGGCCAACUGUGCGCUACGCUGUUCUCCUUCAUCAUCGUCUCCACCUACAAACGCUCCUUCAUCCACGACGACCCCUCCGGCGUGCUGCACGCGCUCGACCAGAUCUGGCGGCUCAUAAUUGGGCUGGGGUGCAUCCCCGGGGCGAUCGCGCUCUACUUCCGGCUCACGAUCCCCGAGACUCCGCGGUUCACGAUUGACAUCGAGCGCAACAUCCGGCAGGCGGGGCGCGACCUGAGCGUGCUGCUCGUUGAGUCCGAGACGUACACCGUCGACCCGGACGCGGUGGGGAAGAGGGUGAUCGCGAGGCAGGCGACGAGGGAUGACUUUAGGUCCUACUUUUCGCGGUGGGAGAACUUGAAGAUCCUGAUCGGUACCGCAUACUCGUGGUUCGCUCUCGAUAUCGCGUUCUACGGCCUUGGACUGAACUCGUCCAUCAUCCUGAGCGCCAUCGGCUUUGGCUCACCCAAGAAGGGGCUCGCCCCCGGCGCUGCAGUGUAUCAAAACCUGCACAACGCCAGUCUCGGCAACAUCAUCCUCUCGAUGGCGGGGUUGGUCCCCGGCUACUGGGCCACGUUCAUCUUCAUCGACCGCUGGGGCCGGAAGCCGAUCCAGUUCAUGGGCUUCGCGGUGCUCACCGUGCUCUUCCUAAUCAUGGGAUUCGCGUACGAGCGGAUGAACGCGACGUCUGGGGGGCGCGCGGCGUUCGUCGUGCUCUACUGCAUCGCGAACUUCUUCGAGAACUUUGGGCCGAACACGACGACGUUCAUCAUCCCCGGGGAGGUGUUCCCGACGCGCUACCGGGCGACGGCGCACGGCAUCUCUGCGGCGAGCGGCAAGUUUGGCGCGGUGGUCGCGCAGCUCGCGUUCCAGUGGCUCAAGGACGUCGGCGGUCCGAACAAGUUCCUCGACCACAUACUGGAGAUCUUUGCGUUCUUCAUGUUCACGGGAAUCCUGUCGACGCUGUUGAUACCCGAGACGAACCAGAAGACGCUCGAGAUGCUGUCGAACGAGAGCCAAGAUGAUUUCAUCCAGCCGGUUCCUGCUUCCGACUAUGCCGGCAGUGGAUACCUCAGCGACUUCGAGCCAACACCGAUCAGGCUGAACCCUCUCGAGUCCCCGAGCAGCCCAUCCCGCCCGCCGACCGCGUUCUCCGCGCGCGGCCGGCGGAAAGGCACAUCCGUGUCGUCGCACGGCGAGCGGUACGCGAGCAUGUCCGAUUUGUCUGUGAAUUCGUAGUGUCGUCCGCCUCAUCCUGGCACAUCCGGUCCUUACUCAAUUCGCUAUAUGUUUAUCCUCGUUUCAUUCUACUUUCGUUUGUGUUAUGGAUAGAAUAUCUUGGAAGGCACUGUUCGCGUCGAUAUGUUUGAGGGGAAGAGGAGGGGUAGAGAGGGGCAUAUCGCGCUCUAUGUGUACAUUACUAG